AUGUCAAGUGCCCUCUUCCAGUAUUACUGUGUUGGUCAACAGCAGGCAGCGCUGUGUGAAUAUGGAGUACAAGAUUCAAAAUGGACGAUUGUGAAGUGUAAUGAAAAGCUUUUCUUUACAGACUACGGGAAUGUUGCUAAGGUUGAGAGAUGUGACAUGGAUGGAAUGAACAGAACAUGGAUAGUAGACUCUAAAAUUGAACAGCCAACUGCUCUUGCACUAGACCUCAUCAAUAAAUAUGUGUACUGGGUUGACAUCUAUCUGGAUAAUGUGGAAGUUGUUGACUAUGAAGGGAGAAAGAGGCAUACAGUCAUAAAAGGCAGACAAAUUAGGCAUCUCUGUGGUUUGGCAGUAUUUGAAAACUACUUAUAUGCAGUUAAUUCAGAUAACUUCAGUAUUUGGCAAAUAAACAGAUACAAUGGCACUGAUACUCGGUCCCUUACCAGACUUGAAAAUGCAAAGGAGAUCCGUGUGUACCAGAAAAGAACUCAAACAUCGGUCAGAAGCCAUGCGUGUGAGGUGGACCCAUAUGGAAUGCCAGGGGGAUGUUCACACAUCUGUCUGCUCAGCAGCAACUACAAAACACGGACUUGUCGCUGUAGGACUGGCUUCAUCUUGGGAAGUGAUGGCAGGUCAUGCAAAAGACCAAAGAAUGAAUUGUUUCUUUUUUACGGGAAGGGACGCCCAGGAAUAAUACGGGGAAUGGACCUGAAUACCAAAGUAUCUGAUGAAUACAUGAUCCCUAUAGAGAACUUAGUCAAUCCUCGUGCACUGGACUUCCAUGCAGAAACCAAUUACAUUUACUUUGCUGAUACUACCAGCUUCCUAAUUGGACGACAGAAAAUUGAUGGCACAGAGAGAGAAACAAUCCUCAAAGAUGAUCUUGAUAAUGUAGAAGGCAUAGCAGUGGACUGGAUUGGAAAUAAUCUUUAUUGGACAAACGAUGGCCACAGGAAAACAAUCGCUGUAGCCAGACUGGAAAAAGCUGCUCAGAGUCGGAAAACAUUGCUCGAAGGAGACAUGUCUCACCCCAGAGGAAUUGUUGUUGAUCCUGUCAAUGGGUAUGAAGAUGCCAUUGGCCUUCUUGGCCAAAAGACUGUGCUGUUGGGUUCAUGGCCAACAUGUUGUCCACCAAAACAUCCAGGUCCUUCUCAGCAGAACUCCUCUCCAGCAGGUCAUCCUCUAAUGGAUGUACGGAUGCCUAUUGUUGCUCCUCCCUGUGUACAGGACUCUACAUUUGCUCUUGUUGAACCUCAUCAGAUCCCUCUUUUUCAAGAUGUGCAGCAAAUAGCAAUUGACUGGAUCACUGGAAAUUUUUACUUUCUGGAUCAUGUCAGUGAUAGGAUCUUCGUUUGCAACCAGAACGGAACGGUGUGCAUUACACUCAUCGAGCUGGACCUCAGUAACCCUAAGGCCAUAGCUGUUGAUCCAACCUCAGGUUUCUUCCAGUUUCAGUUUUUGGCUGGACCAAUUAACUUUACUUUUAUUGAAGAAUUGACUUACCCAUUUGAAGAGAAGCACCCUCUGCUUGUGAUUUCUUCCAUCUCUGUACUUAGUAAAGUUUCUACUACAGGUUUGGACCAGUAUUUCUUACUCUAUCAUUUUCUGCCUGUUAUUCAGCAGGCAGUGAUAGAAAUGGUUGUUUCUCUUCUGGAUCAACAAGAAUUUUAA